AUGGCAAAGCAAAAAUCUUCAUUGGCAAAAUACGUUCAUGCCAUCAAGAAUUCGCCCCGGGAGAUUUUCAAUCGGCGACUCUUCUUGACAGGCUUUGCCUUUGCCCUGGGAGGAUGUGCAAAAGGAUGGGAUGAAGGCUCCGCUGCUGCAAUCACACAACUUGAAUCUUUCCACAAAACCUAUCAUCUCGACAACAGUUCUAUAUCCAAUAUCGUCUCUCUGGUCAACCUGGGCGCUGGAGUUGGAGCCCUCCUUUCGUUCUUACUCAACGAUCGCAUCGGCCGAAAGAUGUCGCUUCAAGUAUAUUCAGUCAUCUACAUUAUCGGCUCGCUCGUCUCCUGCUUCUCAUCGGGCAAUGCCGGGGCACUCUACGUCGGUCGAAUUGUUGCAGGUCUUGGAAUCGGGGCACUGUCCGUUGUCUGUCCAAUGGCAAUAUCGGAAAUUGCUCCUCCAUCUGUCAGAGGCUUGAUGACGUUGUGGUUUAAUAUCUGCAUGUUAUCCGGCCAGGCAUUGGGUGUGUUUAUCGUUUACGGCUGCUCUCUUCACGUUGUACCUACAAAGGCCCUACAGUAUCAAGUUCCUUGGUUUGCUCAAACCUUUGCGCCCACAAUCAGCAUUUUGCUUUCCUUCCUGACUGUGGAGUCUCCUCGAUGGCUUCUCCUUGACCAUCAGCAUGACAAAUCUCUUGCUGCGCUGGUCCGGCUCCGGGGAAUACCAGCCGAUGCAGACUUUGUAGCCACCGAAUUCCACAGCAUGGCAUCUCAGAUCGAAGAUCGAGAUGCCGGGCUCGGCAAUAACAGUUACCUGCAAAUUAUCAGAGAGACAUUCCUGGUCAAAUCCAACCUUCGGCGGGUGCAAUUGACAAUCAUCGUUUACAUUCUCGCGCAAAUGUCCGGGGCCAACGCCAUCACCAACUAUUUACCCACCAUUUUUGGAAUGAUUGGGGUGACCAACUCGAAUGUCAAAGUGUACUCCACCGGGCUCUAUACCAUUGCGAAACUGGUAUGCUGCGUGGCUGCAUCGCUGUUUUUCAUCGAUCUUGUUGGCCGCCGAAAGUCUCUCAUGAUAGGCAUCUCGGUUCAAAUCCUCUGCCACUCGUACCUGGCCGGAUAUCUCAAGAUUUAUCAAACUCACAAAGCAUAUAUGGGCAAGGCAUCUACUGAUGCGGCAUUGGCGUUUAUCUACAUCCACGCAUUUGGAUGGGCGAUCGGGCUUUAUAGUUUGCCCUAUCUUUUUGGUGCCGAGCUCUGGCCUAACAAGAUCCGGUCCUUUGGAGGAGCAUUGUCACAAUGCUUUCACUGGCUCUUUUACUUUGCUAUUACCAAGGCUGCUCCUUCAAUGCUGACAAAUCUUCACCAGUGGGGAGCAUUUGUUCUUUUCGUUGGGUUUUGUGUAGUGGCUUUGCUCUACACCUAUUUCAUGGUCCCCGAGACCUCGGGCAUGAGUCUGGAGGAGAUCCACCGAAUCUUUGAGCGUCCGAUAUUUCUGUUAGCCCGGCCACUCGAACCUUCCGAUAACGACCAGCUAGACCGAGACGGUGAAAAUCCACCGAGCGACCCCAAGGCCAAUGAGACGUGGAUUGAGAACGCGUGA